AUGGAGACUCAUGCAAUAACCAUAUUUGAUGCGGAGUCUGAAGAUGAGCAGGACAUUGAUUUGGCAAUUCUGACUGCACUCUUGAAAGGUACAAAUAUGUCUACUUCAGAUCAGCUAGAUUUGGCAUUGGCCUGGAACCAGCUAGAUAUUGCCAAGAAACAUGUACUCAUUUAUGGACAACACUGGAAGGUUGGUGCCUUGGAACAGGCAAUGCUGGAUGCUUUAGUGAUGGACCGCGUGGAUUUUGUGAAGCUGUUAAUAGAGCAUGGAGUGAACAUGCACCAUUUUCUUACCAUAUCUCGUUUAGAAGAACUCUACAAUACGAAACAAGGACCAUCAAAUCUACUGUUAUAUCACCUAGUUCGAGAUGUGAAACAGAAUACCCUUCCUUUGGAUUACAAGAUAUCACUGAUUGAUAUUGGACUGGUAAUAGAGUACCUCCUUGGUGAAGCUUAUCGGAGCAGCUACACAAGGAAGCAUUUCCGAAUUCACUACAAUGAUCUCUACAGAAAACAUAAGAGUAAUAGGAUGAAUAGUGGAAUGGGAUCUACUGAAAGUACUUUGCAUUCUCAGUUCUUCAGAACAGCACAGCCUUACAAAUACAAGGAAAGAUCCAGUGCUUUCCAUAAGUAUAAGAAGAAAUUAAAAGAGGAUAUAAACUAUGCAGAGAAUUAUGAGUCAACUGGCUUUAUCUACCCCUAUAAUGACCUCCUGGUUUGGGCAGUAUUGAUGAAAAGACAGAAGAUGGCAAUGUUCUUCUGGAAGCACGGAGAGGAAGCCAUGGUCAAGGCUGUUGUAGCUUGUAAACUCUACAGGGCAAUGGCACGUGAAGCUAAACAGAGCAACAUGGUGGAUGAUACUUCAGAAGAACUGAAGAAGUAUUCAAAGGAAUUUGGGCAGCUUGCCUUAGAUGUGCUGGACAAAGCAUUCAAACAAAAUGAGCAGAUGGCCAUGAAAUUGCUGACCUAUGAACUGAAAAACUGGAGCAACUCAACUUGUUUAAAACUAGCGGUUUCUGUAGGCCUGCGGCCUUUCAUAUCCCAUACCUGCACACAGAUGCUGCUGACUGAUAUGUGGAUGGGACGCUUGAAGAUGCGGAAGAACUCCUGGUUUAAGGUCAUUAUGAGUAUUCUCCUCCCUCCUGCCAUCUUGAUGCUAGAGUUUAAAAGCAAGGCAGAAAUGUCUCAUGUUCCUCAAUCUCAAGACUUCCACCAGUUCACGUGGUAUCAUGGGGAUCAGAGCCCAAUCAGCUCUAAAGAUACUUUGUCUCUGAAGGAUUACGAUGUGGAAAAGCUUGCUCAGAAGUCUGGUGAAAGCCAAGUAGAUGGUGGACAAGGAGACCUACCUGGCACUAGAAAAAUCUAUGAGUUCUACAACGCACCAAUUGUCAAGUUCUGGUUUCACACGAUGUCAUACAUGGCAUUCCUCAUGCUCUUUACUUAUACUGUGUUGGUGAAGAUGGGACCAAGACCAAGUGUGCAAGAAUGGCUUGUUAUCAUUUAUAUUUUCACCACUGCUAUUGAAAAAGUCAGAGAGGUAUUUAUCUCAGAACCUGGAAAAUUCUGCCAAAAAGUGAAGGUGUGGAUUUAUGAAUACUGGAAUUUUACUGAUUCUAUAGCUAUCAUCCUGUUUAUGAUUGGUUUUGGUUUGCGCUGGUCCAACCCCCCUGUUCAAACUGCAGGGAGGCUACUUUACUGCUUGGAUAUUAUAUUUUGGUAUACUCGGCUCCUUGAUCUUUUUGCUGUGAACCAGCAUGCUGGCCCAUACCUGACAAUGAUUGGGAAAAUGACAGCAAACAUGUUCUAUAUUGUGAUUAUGAUGGCCAUAGUUCUGUUGAGUUUUGGGGUGUCACGAAAGGCAAUUCUUUCACCAGAGGAGCCUCCUUCUUGGACUCUGGCACGAGAUAUUGUAUUUCAGCCCUACUGGAUGAUGUUUGGUGAGGUCUAUGCUGGAGAAAUAGAUGUUUGUGAAAACAAUGAAGACUGUCCUCCUGGCUCCUUCCUCACACCGUUCCUCCAAGCUGUCUACCUCUUUGUGCAAUACAUCAUCAUGGUCAACUUGCUUAUUGCUUUCUUUAAUAAUGUUUAUUUUGAUUUGAAAUCCAUAUCGAACAAGCUCUGGAAGUACAACCGGUACCGCUACAUUAUGACCUACCAUGAGAAACCAUGGCUGCCUCCACCAUUCAUCUUGCUGAGCCACAUCGGACUUCUUAUAAAUCGCAUCUUCCGCCAUCAGCCCCCAAAUGAGCUGGAUCAAGAGGAAGGCGAUGUUGGACUAAAGCUCUACCUGAGUGAUGAGGAGUUAAAGAAACUUCAUGACUUUGAGCAACAGUGUGUGGAAAAAUAUUUUCAUGAAAAGAACGAAAGCCAGAAUUCCAGUGACAGUGAAAGGAUCCAUCUGACCACAGAAAGAGUGGAGGAGAUGUUUCUACAGCUUAAAGAGGUGCAUAAGAAGGUAUUUUUUAUCAAGGAGUCUUUACUCUCCCUGGACAGCCAACUAGGACACUUGCAAGACUUAUCUGCCUUGACAGUGGACAUCCUGAAAGUCCUUUCUGCUGUAGACACCUUGCAGGUGGAAGAAGCCUUGCUGGCUGACACAAAACAUCAAACGUGUAGGAAGCUGCCACAUAGCUGGAGCAAUGCACUCUGUUCUGAGACCUUGAGCAGCCUGAAGUGUUUGUACGACAAGAAAUACCACUACUACAGCAUGCCACCCUCCCUCUUACGGAGCGUGGUAAGGAGUCCUGGUCCAUCAGAGUGCAAAGACCAUGUACGGAGGUCUCAGAGUAACAAGGUAAUAGAAGACAGCUCUCGAAAAGUAGAGAUAGAAGGUGACACACCCACUUCAGGAGUAUCCUCUGAGACUAAGUCAACCCUUAGGUAUGGACAGUUUUUGCUGGUGCCCCCUGACCAUCAGGGAGGGUCUUUGUCUGAGGAUGUCACCUUAAAUUUCUCCUUUUUGAGCACUCCUGCCAAGUACAAGGAUGAAGUGGUCAGAGAUGACCUGCAAAGUAGCACUGUGGUGCAGCAAAAUUUGCCCAGUGUCAGCCUCAUUGGAAAAGAGACAGAAGAUUAUCAUUGGAGCCAGAAAGACUUUGCUAUUCAUUUGCCAUCAGAAAAGACUAAUGCUGUAGAGUCUGAUCAUCCUCUGGGUCUCCAGCCACCGCUGGAUAUUGAAAAGAGUGCAGCAUCCCCCUGUGAUGAUGGGGAAGAAACUGAAGGUGGUUAUGUGAACUGGGGUUUCUCUGAAGGUGAUGAAAAAGGCGUUUUCAUCUCAGAUUCAAAGAAGAAAGCCAUGUACAUACAUUCCUCCUGUGACAGGGACAAUAAUUGCAAGAGCAGUCCUCUCAGGCAUGUCCAGUUAAUAGAAUCAAAGUCCUUCUCCUACAACUCUGACUGGUCACAUCACAGCAGCAGCAGCAUCUCUCAGAACAUGCUGAAACAAAGCACCUCCUUCUGGAUCAGCCCAUUCCAGAGGGACUGGAGUUUCUGCAGAAGCAAGAGCUUACAGUCCCCUAAGAAAGAGAGAUCAGGGAAAACCUGCAAGGCUAUAGGCGAGUCUUUACGAUCCAGUGAGCUACAUCACAGUGAGGUGAUUAGAGUGGAUGAUUGUCCCCAGAACACUCAAGUGAUCUCAGAGCCUGCAGAGAUCAAUGUCUGGGAUGAGCAAGAGAAACACAGCAAGAAUUGGCUCACCGUGUCUAAUUUCAGUCAGCUAAGUAUGUGA